AGUUAAAAACAGACUUUGUUUAUCUUGCAGGUUGCUCUCUGAAAUGCUCUCCGACUAGUUAACCUACUUUUCUUUUCCACUCUCAACGUUAUUUACUCUCCUCAGCCGUAAACGCUGAGAAGAGUACUAAACCCUUUUUUUUUUUUGCAUUUCACUCCUCAUUUAUACAGUAUUUUUGCUCCCUUUGUAAUUCAAUUUCAUUUUAUUUUUUUUAUUUAUUUUUUUUGCAAUCGACACCGUGCUGCACGAAAAAAGGGUCUCGACUCCGAUUUCCCCCUCCGGCACGUGCCAUUUGUCAAAAGACCCCAAAAAAAAGAAGCUAUUUUUUUGGGGGGCAAUUCGUUGCAGCUGAAGCUCGACUGCAGGAGCUCAACGAGAGGAUUUUGUUUUUAAUCGGAGCAUUUUGAGAGAGCACCAUGGCGACCGAGGUGGAUACGUGGUCCUCCGCUUCCAAAGCCGACGGCGUGUUCUCUUUCGACGACAACCUGUCUGAGGCUAACCAUCCCUACAGCGUUGACGAUGACUUGCUGAAUGAGGCGGAGGUGAACGGUAACUGGACUCCUCAGGAGAAAGCCCUCCACGAGGCUCGUCUCAAAGCCAAAGCCAAGCGCCGCCUGCGCAAGAACUCAUCUCGCAACUCCACCAGCGAGUCCUUCUCUGAGUCCGGAGAAUUAUCGGGAGGUGACCCCAACAGUCCAAAGGGCAAAAUCGGCACUAAUGACCGCAAAUCCAGGACGGGCAAAGGCAGAGGACUGCCAAAAAAAGGUGGAGCAGGUGGUAAAGGAGUUUGGGGGGCUGCUGGGAUGGUUUAUGAAGAUGAGGAGCCUGAUGUGCGGGAUCCAAACUACGAUGAGUCUGCUCAGGGGGACACAGUUUAUGCAACAGUUGUCCCGGAGGUAGAUGAGAAGGAACUGGAAAAAAUGGUCAACCCAAUUGUCCAGGAGUACUUUGAACAUGGAGACACAAAAGAGGUCCAGAUGUUGCUGAAGGGGCUCAACCUGGGCCAGCAUAAGUUCGAGUUCUCCUCCCUGGCUGUGUCCCUGUCCCUGGAGGGCAAAGCCAGCCACAGAGAGCUGACCUCCCGUCUGCUGUCUGAUCUGUCGGGCAAGAUGCUGUCACAAAGUGAAAUGGCCCGCGCCUUUGAUAAGAUACUCAAAGAGCUGCCAGACCUGAUACUGGACACACCGGAGGCUCCUCAGAUGCUGGGCCAGUUUGUAGCCCGAGCCAUAGCAGACCAUGUCCUCCCCAUGUCUUUCCUGGACUUUUACAAGGGCAAAGUGGACUGUGAGCAUGCCAGAGUGGCUUUAGACCGUGCUGAAGUGCUGCUGACCAUGAAGAGGGAGAUGGUCCGUCUAGAUAAUGUGUGGGGCGUGGGUGGAGGCCUGAGACCUGUCAAGCAUCUCGUCAAAGAGAUGAACCUCCUGCUCAAGGAGUACCUGAUAUCAGGAGACGUGUCUGAGGCAGAGCACUGUCUGCGGGACCUGGAAGUCCCACACUUCCACCAUGAGCUGGUCUAUGAGGCUGUAGUGAUGGUGCUGGAGUCGAAAGGAGACACUGCCAGUCAUAUGAUGAUAAAGCUGCUGCAGUCCUUCUGGAAAACAGGCCUCAUCACUGUGGAUCAGAUGAACAGGGGUUUCCAGCGCGUCUAUGAUGAGCUCCCAGAAAUCAACCUUGAUGUGCCGCAUGCCCACUCUAUCAUGGAGACCUUUGUGGACCUCUGCUACCAAGAGGCGGUCAUCACCAAACAGCUGAGGGAUGCAUGUCCUGCCAGAGGACGAAAGCGUUUUGUGAGUGAGGGAGAUGGAGGAGUGAUCAAGAACUGAUCCCCAAGAGGAAGAGCAGCGGCAGCAGGAUGAGGAGGAGGGGUGUCUACAGGUUGUUGCACCCAGAUUCUGCUCCAGCAUGUUUUCCUCUGAAACCAGGCAUGCUGGCAGUCUUAAGUUUCCUUGUUCCUCUCCCAAUAAUGUUGUCAUUACACAAACCAGCAUUGACGUUUGGUGAAAGUAUACUGAAGAAGUCGCCAAGGGGUUCAGUUCCAUUCAUCUUGUUAAUCACUGUUUUUGGACAUUUUUUUUGUAAGAAAAUUCUUUACUUUUUGGGUUCAUGCACCCCUCUUUCCUCAGUCUUUGUACCUGUUUCUCAAUAAUAGUUUGAGUCAGAGCUGCAGACAUACAGGGGGACAGGGAGGGGUGUGUGGGAGAUGAAUAUGGGUGUUUUGUCUCUUGCUUUGCUUCACCUCCAUUUUUUUUUUUUCCCCAUGUAAAGCGCUUUAAAUGAAAAAAAAGCACUUAGAAGACAGAUAAUACUGUACAGUCAUUGAGCAUUUGGUAAUUUAGCUCAAAAAUAAGGAUCUAAACCAUUUUUUUCAACCAAAAAUUAUUUGAAAUUUUUUCAAGGACAUCGUGCUUUCUACCUUCUGGCUCAAGUGGUUCUAUCGAUCCGUUAUGAACAGAGGUUUUUGUUAUUUUUAUUUUUUUUUGCAUCUGGGUCCCUGAGACCAAAUGUUCACUUUAUAAAGCAAAGCAGUCAAAGCAAGAGGUGUUUGGGUGCUCUUUGGGUGGUUAUUUGAAAUUUGCAUUAGGGCAAAUAUACUUUGGAAGCCGUUUUCUCAAAAAAAUAAUAAUAAAGUAAAUUGGGAUUAAUGUGUGUUUAAAGAAUAAAGAAAAAAAAAGAUAA